ACGAACUUUGUUGAUUUUAUUUGAAUUGAAGUGAUUCGAACAAAUUUACUAGCUACGUUUUAAUUUAAUAUUUUCCUUUAUUCGUAACGAAAUUUAGUCAACGUAUAUUAAAAUUGAUGACGAUUUAAAAAUAAAAAUAAAAACGUGCUUUUAAAAAUCAAAGCAACAAAAAUGUACGGACAAAAACAAAUACUUCAGUGUCUUGCGGUCGCAUUGAUAUUGGUCGUUUUUAAUUUUCAUCGAGCGGCCAUUAAACGAAAUAAAAACGUUGCCAAACAUAAAUUAAUGAUCAAAAAGGAAUUUUACUCAAAAUCAGAAUUGAACAGAUCAAGUGAUUCAGAAAAAAUGGGAUAUUGCGUUCGAUAUCCAUUUGGUAGUGGUAAUAUUCAUUACAAUCAUUAUCUCGAUUGCCAACAAAACUGUUUAGGACAUUUUAAAAUUUGGUUAAGAAAACAAUGUGACGUUAAUUGUUGCAUUGAACAAAGUUCCAACACCACCAACGGUAUACCAUUCAGGUCAUCGACAAAAUGUGUUCAAACGCUGAAAUCAAAUCGAACGCAAAGGACACGUAUCUGUGAAAAUGAGCCUAUAAGAAUAUUUGAUGAGAAUGGCGCAAGUCUACACAACGAACCAUUUGAAUCAGUGAAAACAAUAAUCGAGCCAAUCAAUGAAAAAUUAAUGAGCACCAUAAUAGAGGAAGAACACCAAUGCAAAAUUCAAACGAACUAUGAACUCAUUUGUAAGAAUACCUCGUCACAUAUAGUUGAAUUUAUUAAGCUGGAUUUCAAUAAAACUAAAAUCAUGGAAUACAAUGAUUUUUUGUUUGAUAUGGGAUCAUCCGAGCCCGUUGGAAGAACCGAAACACAAUCUUUGGACCGUUCAUUUACGUCCGGCUUUUUUGCAUUCAUUUCGAUCCUUAUUGCAAUGUUAACUAUACGAUACAUGUUCAAACUGUUCAUGACCGACCACAAUGAAGCAUUUUUGAAUGUGCUGGAGAUGCGUCGUGCAUUAAACGAUCGCUUGGAGCAAAUUCAGGCGGAAUUGAGUCAAACACGAGAGAAAUUUAUUGAUAACAAUAAUGAUGCCAACAGUCAAGCGGAAACCAUAAAUGAUGAGGCGGAAAAAGAGAGUCAAUAUAAACGUAACAAAGAUUCCGAUGCUGUGGAAAACAAUGAAUCCCUUACCGAUUCGGCGAAGUAACAACCAUCAAAUAAAUAGAAAAUUGAUGAAUUUAUACAUUGGAACAAUUUGAGCAACACAAAAUCAUUUGAUUUGACAAUGGUCGAAUUAACAAUGCACCGCUAAUUUAAUUUUUUAAAUAAUUUAACCAAUUAAUUUAAUCUUUGAAAACUACCAAAUGUUUAGCUAUAAAAUCAUCACGUUUAAAUAA